GUGCCAUGGCUCACAGUGUCCCGAACGAGUUCUUUCCUCGCCAUGUAGUGCGCUAGGUCUUAGAUACAGGCUACUGCGCCGUGCCCUAGGUAGUGCACAGUUAUAGGGAAUGUACAAGUUAUUAGUGUUUACCCAACACCGUUGCGUGAGUUCUUCAACAGACACAAGCUUCAGAGUUCGGCCUUUUUCUCGACGAGCAGAUGCCGCAGAAGGAUCCGUGCCAGAAGCAAGCGUGCGCCAUACAGAAGUGUUUACAAGCGCAGAGCUACUCUGAGGAGCGGUGUGGAGACGCGCUGAGGGCGAUGCGGAGAUGCUGUGAGCUUCAUGCAGCCCACGAGUCUGUGUGCUGCUCUGGAUUUACACAAGAACACAGAAGCACAGAGGACAAAACACACCGAACACGACCAACUACAAAAUAAUGGCACCUGUUUAAAGCAUGCAUACACCGUGAGACCAAAAGUAUGUGCGCCCCUGACCAUCACAUCCAUAUGGUUCUUCUCCAAACUGCUGCCACAAAGUUUGAAGUACACAGUUGUUAAGAACGUCUCCGUUUGUUGGAACUCCGAGUCCAAGCCUGUUCCAGCAUGACGAUGCUCCUGCACACACAGCACAGAGCUCCAUGAAGGUUGAAGAACUCGAGUGUCCUGCACAGAGCCCUGACUCAACUCAACAUCCACCUUUGGGAUGAACUGGAACCUCCUCAGCAUCAGUGUCCGAUCUCACUAAUGCUCUUAUAGCUGAAUGAACACAAAGCCCUCCCGGAGGAGAAGAAUGGAGCUCAUUAUAACAGGAAAGGGGAAUAAAUCUGGAAUGAGUUGUUUUGUUUAACAAAUACGAGUGUGAUUGACGGGGUGCACAUACUUUUGGCCAUAUAGUGUAUAAACAGUGGUGUGUGGAUGUUUGAUUGUUUCAAAUAAGCCUCUUUGCAUAUAUUGUUCUAAAAAUAUGCUUCAGUGCUGAUUAAAGGAAAAUUGAAGAAAA